AUGUUGUCUGCAUUCUUUCUCAAACUCAACAAACUCGGAUUCAGUAUAAUCAUUGAUCGUGAUACGAUUAUCGAUGCAAAGGCUGGUAGUCUUUGGGAAAGAAACGAUCCAUUUUAUGUGGAAGAAAAGCGAAGCUAUGAUUACCAAAGUACUUAUGCUGACGGUUCCCUGGUUUGGAAAAAUGCGCUUGUGCCGCUGACAGAAGAAGAGACCCAGAAGAGUGACGGUGCCGAGGAACUCUCACUUGACGAACAACAGCUAUCUGAGCAGCGGAGAACCGAAUUUCGGACGCACGGUGAAUCUCAGGAACUGAUUGGAGCGGAGACACAGCAUAAACGGCAGCAACCGGCGGGGGAGCUUUCACAGUAUAAACCCCAGCAACGUGCUCAGGGAAGGUUUAAAUGGGAUUCCCAGAAGCAAGCUACGCGUUCGUUGGAAAGCGAUCUUCAGAGGGAGGAGGAGCGAGAACCUCUGGAAAUGACAGAAGGUGAGUCCUCGAAAUCUUCAGAAGCCCUGAAAGCAGCGAAUAGACUCAAAAGCUUUUUGGGACGAGAGAUGACGAGCGCCGCAAGGAGAACCGCAGGGUAA